AUGUCAGACGAAACAUUUAUGUCAGUGAAUGAUCAGACAAUUAUUAAAAUUGAACCACCAGAAUAUUCACCGGCAGACAUUAAAUGCGAAAAUGAGGAUGAAUUUGAUGCUCUUGAUGCUAUCGUUAAAUCUGAAUCAUUUUUAGAAGACGAUGAUACCUGUUUAGAAAGAUUCAUGAAUUCCGAGUUGACAAUUGAAGAUGAAGUCAAACAGGAGUCUUUUGACUGUGACAUUUGUUAUCAAUCAUUUGCAGAAUCGCAUCAUCUAACAAAGCAUAUGGUCGAUCACAUGCCUAACCAAAUCGAAGAACGACCUUUUGAAUGUGAAAUCUGUCAAAAGACUUUCAAACAAUCAAAAGGGUUGAAAACUCACAUGCUCAUUCACAGUGGUAUUAAACUCGAAAUGGAGGAUGAAUUUGAUGAUCCCGACGUUAUUGUUAAAUCUGAAUCGUGUUCUGAAGAUGAUGAUACGUGUUUGGAAAGAUUUAUGAAUUCUGAGGUGACAAUUGAAGAAGAAGUCAAACAGGAGUUAGUCGAAACAUCCAAUUAUGAAUGUGACAUUUGCAAUAGAACAUUUGCAGAAUCAGACAAUUUAAAACAGCAUAUGGCCGAUCAUAUUUCUAACAAUAGCAAAGAAAGUCCUUUCAAAUGCGAAAUCUGUUACAAGGCUUUUAAUCGAUUAAGUGUUCUGAAAAGGCACAAGCUCAUUCACAGUGGUGAGCGCGCUCAUGAAUGCAAGAAAGUUAAAGCUACUCCAGACCAAUUUGUAUUUGAACUGAAAACCAAAAUGGUUACUAAUCCACAUUAA